AUGGCCCCUUAUGAAGCUCUUUAUGGGAGGAAGUGCAUAUCUCCUUUGUUUUGGGACGAAGUUGGAGAAUGGAACCCACUUGGACCAGAAAUUGUUCAGGAGAUGAGGAAUCAAGUUCAAAUUAAAAGAGACAGGAUGGCAACAGUGCAGAGUUGUCAGAAAAGUUAUUUGGACACGAGGAGAAGAGAUUUAUUAUUUGAGGAAGGUGAUUGGGUAUACCUAAAAGUUUCACCAAUGAAAGGUGUUAAGCGUUUUGGUAAGAAAGGGAAACUUAGCCCGAGGUAUGUUGGCCCUUUUCAGACUCUGGAGAAGGUUGGACCAGUCGCUUAUAGAAUUGUCUUGCCAAAAUAUUUUGGAAAAAUUCAUGAUAUCUUCCACGUAUUGUCACUAAAGAAAAGCUUUGGACAACAAGAGCCACAUUUCCUUGACCCGAAAAGCAUUCAACUCUGGCCUGACCUCACGUAUGAAGUUGUCCCAACUCAAAUCAUGGAUAGAAAGGAGCAACAAUUGAGAUCCAAGACGAUACCUUUAGUUAUGCUAUCAUGGGAAAAUCUUUUGGCUCAAGAUUUCUCGUGGGAGAGAGAGACAGACAUGAGAAAGUUUUACCCUUACUUGUUCGGGUAG